GGUGCGAUGUGGCAUCAACGAAAUGUCAAAAUAAAUGAAUGUCGAGAGCAAGAAGAAUGUAAGAAAUAAAAUGUAAGAGUAGUAGUAAUUUGAAUUCAGCCAAAUAAACAUCGUUGGGUUUUUAUACUAUUUUUCCCAACGUUAAAAAAUGUAUCUGAGUUUUAUUUUAAUAGUUCCUCUUAGAAGAAACAUUGGUUCAUGUCGAGCCGGAUUUGUGAUCGGCCUCGAUAUAGAUAAGAGAUAAUUUAGAAGUGCUUACAUACAUGCAUGUGUUCAAAGGAAUUUGAUGUGGCGAAAUUCAUAUCGCUUGCUAGAAUACUCGUUGGCAUUUCAAGUGGUUUCAAUCAGAGAAACAGAGGAAGGGAUGGUUUUGUUUCAUCGCUCUGUGAAAUCAGAAUGGGAGGACAAGAUCUUUUGGAAAGUUUAUGCAAGUCAAUUUCGCGCAUCAAGGAAUACUGCCAACAUGCAGAGUUCAAAAACGCAACGCUGGAGCAAGUGAAAGUUCGCGCUGAGAAGCUGGAAGCUUAUUAUGGACGAUUUGUAGAUACACAUGAGAAGCAUUUGGAUCAAGAUGCUACACAAGCAAGUACAUAUGACGACAUCGCAGCUUUAGUGGAGUCGCGCUAUUUUACGGCACAAGCCCUGUUGGCUGUUAGGAUUAAGGAGCUCACACCUGUGACAGCGCCAAUUUUGCAUGAGCAGCAGCCCUUCGCGGUCCAGGUAAACAUACCAUAUCAACAGCAUGACUUAAAAAAUACCUGGGGUAAUUUUGACGGAACAUUAACUAUGUGGUCUGGGUUCCGUGACCGGUUUUCCGCUGCCAUACAAGAAAAUAAGAAUGUUUCGCCAGCCUUUAAAUUUUCUUAUUUAAAAAAGUCGCUCAUUGGUAGAGCUGCACAAACACGAGGUGAAUGGCAGCUUACAGAUGAAAAUUAUAUAGAGGCAUGGGAGCGGCUCAAGCAGCUGUAUGACCGCAAAUAUCCAAUUUGUCGCGAACAUUAACGGCGUUUAUUCGUUUGCCAGUUAUAGGAGGGGUCCCACGGGCUCAUGAGCUUCAGCGAAUGUCCAAUGUGACACAUGAAGUGUUACGACAGCUCCGAUCUCAAGGAAUUCCGGUCGAUGCUUGGGAUAUGAUUAUAGUUCAUAUGCUGCAUGAAAGGUUAGAUCCUGAUACGAGUAAGCAGUGGGAGCUGCAACGAGAGACAGAAACACCGACUGUAAAACAAAUGUUAGAUUUCUUGGAUCGUCAAGCAGCUGCCUUAGUUAAUGUUGCAGAUCUACGUAAUUUACGACCACAAGAUGGCAAGGCAUUAAACAAUGGGAAGAGAGACAGGCUAUUAUCAACGCGUUUUGGGUCAGAUGGCAUAACGAGUAUUUGACAACACAAGACAGGAGCGCAAGAAGUGGUGACGAGAAUCGGAGCGAGUGCGCUUAGGACAGUUGGUGCUAAUUAAGAGUGAGCAAUGGGCUAUAGGCCGUAUAAUAGAACUUCACCCCAGUAGGCAUAAUUUGGUACGCUCAGUGGCAAUUCGAACUGCGACGAACAUUUUACACAGGCCAGUACAAAAGAUAUGUAUCCUGCCGAUAGACACAGAAGAGAAAUAAAAUCUGAGAACUGGCCAAGGGGUCAUAGCAUUGGAAAAACUGAUGGUUUUUCGGGGGGAUUGUUAAGAAUUGAGCGAAUUUGGUGCGAUGUGGCAUCAACGAAAUGUCAAAAUAAAUGAAUGUCGAGAGCAAGAAGAAUGUAAGAAAUAAAAUGUAAGAGAAGUAGUAAUUUGAAUUCAGCCAAAUAAACAUCGUUGGGUUUUUAUACUAUUUUUCCCAACGUUAAAAAAUGUAUAUGAGUUUUAUUUUAAUAGUUCCUCUUAGAAGAAACAGCAGUAAA